CAACUGCUCUCACAUAAACACAGAGAUCAGAUACCUCAGCAGCAGCAGCUGAACGCAGGAUGAUGAGGAUGUCGGGAAGAGUCACAAGUUGUUGGGUAGCCUUGUUCCUCGCUUUGACCUCUGUGUCAGCUAUACAAAAGCUCAAUUCAAUCAAUGAUUUGAAGAAAAUCGACUUUGGCCACACUGUGCCCAAGCACAGUCUUCUGCUGCUCCACUGGUUUGCUAACAUAGUUGAUAUUGACAAUAACAAUAUAAUAAGACUGACCUUCAAUCCAAACAAUGGAGAUUACGGCUCACAUCAUUAUGGCAACUAUGAGAGCCUGCUGGACCCACUGCCUUAUGGAAAUAUCAGACACCGGUACUACACUGUUGGCAAUCUCAAUCAAGCAACUUCCUCUGAGCAACUUCCAAAUUAUGUUGUCCAUCCCCGGAGAGAGUACGCGGGAAGAAACAGGGACCGGAUCAUAUUCAGAGUCAGGGAGCAGAACACAGGAUGGCAAAGGAUUGACCAAGUGUACAUCACACAGCAUUAUGAGACUUCUGAAAAUCAGGGGACUAGAUAUGAUCCAGAACAUACAUACCAGGUCACUAUCAACCUUUUGAGAGAGAUUAGAGAAUUUUCCGUGGAAGAAAACCAACAGUCACUGUCAGAGCUCAGAGACCACUUCAGAAGUAACGCUGGUGAUUUACAGUUAAGGGACAUCAGAAACACAUGGGGUGACCUUGCUUGUCUUGGACUGCUGCUGUUUAUUGUGAUCCAGGAAAAGUACUCCUCUAACCAACCCAACAGGAGACCUCAACAUUCAGUGAGAAGAAACACACAACCUGAUUUUGUUGUGAACAUCCCAGAAAACAGACAAAAUAAUGUCAUUGCUGCUAAUGGUCUGGGGAUUUUACAACCAUACCUAGAGGAUCAGGAUGACGAGAUACAACUUGAGGUGACAACAGGCAAGAAAGGAAAAGCCAGGAUUGUUUGGAGAAACAUUCCUGAACAUCGUCUAAGAGAUGGAGUGAUGGUUGUGCUUUUCAAGAGCAACGAGGACCAGGAGGCCAGCAGGACUUAUGAGUGCAUUGGGUACAGAGAAGCAGGUAGCUGUGAUACUUCAGCACCCCUGAAUGACAGCCUUCAGGCCCGGCUGCAUAAGGUGAGAAGACGGUGCUGCUUCUGGAGAGUGGUGGGAGAGGAGAUAUGUAGAGGUGUUGAGUUUAAGAAUCCCAAAGCAAUCCCUAUAGCAGGCAACAAUGCAUUACUCCAGCUCUUUGUAAAGGAUGGCAAGGCUUGUGCUCGCUUAUUUGUUAAGAAGACUUUCAGUGAGUGGAGGUCCGAAUUUAAGAAGUCUUGGGUCGGGUUCUAUACCUCAGCAGAUAAAGCCACAAAUCACUAUGCAUGGUGGAAGUGGCAAUGGGCAACUAAAUUCAGACCUAGCACUGUCGUUGAGCACCCCUCUUAUGAUGUCUAUGAGUAUCACUCGGGUAUGGCAAUUGCCCCUGGAGUCCAAGCACGAUUCAUACUUCGGGAUGAGGAAGUUAUAGCUCGCACCCCAAGCUGGAGGUGAUGAAAACUACUAGAGAUCCACAAUCAGAGAGCCCACUAUCAAACAGCAGCAGAGUUUUUUUUUUUAAAAAAAAGGCUGAUAUUAUCUUAUUUCAUAUAUAUUCGUAUCUGUGUAUAUGUGAGUAGACAAGUAACAAAUUGCAGUACAGAAAUGCCAAACUAGUGUCUCCAUUAAAGUCCUCCAUAGGGUCAAUUUUGCAAACCCUCAAAGCUGCAACAAAUCUCAGCAACUCACUUGUUGAAACUCAUUCAGAUCAUUUGUAUUUAGGGCUUGCACAGCGGCUGGUCUGAAGUUAUCUGCCAUUGUGCCUGAUGCACUGUCCCGUAAUGUACUGUAACUGAUUUUGCAAUAAUCAUUUGUCCAUGUAUGCAAAAUCAGCUGUGCUCUCAGGGCUGGAAUGAUGAUGAAUUGAGGGGUGAAAAGUUGUGCUUUACAUUUACAAAGAAAAUAAAUCAUGGUGGCUAAUUACGCUUAAUAAAAGUAUACUGGUUUAGAUGUUUUUUUUUUGUUUUUUUUUUUAAUGUGCCUUUAUUUUUAUUUUCAUGUUCACUGCCUGCACACAUUUUGUUCACUUUUAGGCUGUCAUGUUGUGUUAUUUGUUUUGGCUCCAUAUGUUUAAUUUUAUUGUGUACUAUUUCAGUCAAGUUUGUGAAUUUUGUCCAGUUAGUCUUCAGAGUUUUGCAGUGAUCAGCACAUCUUCCUCACCAAGUGAGGAAGAUGUUUGCUUGCACUGAAAACCUGCAGACUCUGACAUCUGCUGUGAAUAACAUUGGGAUGGAUCUUACCUGCCGGGGAAAAUUACAGCACAAAAGAUCAAAAACAGGAUGGCAGUUUUAAGUAUUAUUAGACCAAGAGGUGAGGUCUAAGUGGUUGGAUUUUACCACAAAAAUCACAUCUGGAUAUUUGUGGCUUUAUGGGCCUAUUUGCAAAACUGUGGUUAGUUAGUACCUAAAGCUUUAUUCAUGCAACAAUGUCAUGCUCCAGUACAUUUAAACUAAUCGUAGUGACUCAUUGUUGAUUCUGACAGAGCUGAAGGAAAUGUAGAUUGCUCAGAUAUAUAAAUUAAACUGAUAAGUGAAAUGAUCAAUGGCCUGUAGAGAAAAAUCUGAACUGAUAAUGUAUUAGCUUGAAAACAAAAAAUGGAUUGUAUUUUACUUAUGUUUUUGUUUUCUUCUUGUAUUUUUUUAAAAUUGUAUGUUUAUUAAACCACAUUUUAAGUGUUA